AUGCUGGACUGGAUAAGUGGACAGAGCAACCCCGUCGCGCAUUCCGCAGACAACUCAAAGGUUAUGGAUCCUCCCGAGACACCAGCUCCUGUGUUUGCUAUUCGCGCCUUUAAAAGUGCCCUGUUUGGCACCCCGGGAGCGGAAGACGAGGAGGUUAGCGACCAGAAGUCGAAGUCAGAUGAAAAACCAGCGAGUCGCCAGCCGAGCAAAAGUGAUCUAUUGAAGCCCCCAGUUGCUUAUCACGCGACAGAUGUCACCAAGAUUGACAAGACGGACCUCGAUAUGGCAGUAAACGCGAUGGUGUCGCCGACCAAAAGCAUAUUGGUCACACCGGGUACUGCUGCAAAUCGGCGAAAGACAGUCUCGUUUGGUGACGGUGUUGUUGACAAUGAAAGAAGGCGAAACGAUGCGUUCGCGCAAUCGUCCAGAACGCCGACGAAUUUGUCCGGUAACCUAAGCAGCCAAUGGCUGUCGAGUUCUACAGACAGCAAGGGCAAGCCACGAAGCAGACUCACGCAAGCACUACUGGAUUCUCGGGACAAGUCUCCCGAUGACUCUAAGACUACUAACGGCCAACAAGUCGAUCGCAAUCCUUCCACGGACACCGCUUCUAAGGGGGCACCGCAGUCGACCAGGGAAGAUGACGAGACCGUCAAUCUCGAUGACCCACGCUCUCAGUCUGGUAAAUACUGGAAAGCCGAGUUUGACAGCUACCGUGCGAAAACGACGAACGAAAUCAAAAAGCUGAUUCAGUAUCGGUCCGCUGCCAAGAAAUUCGCUCUGAUGAAGGAAGCAGAAGCUUCGCGUCUGGCUAAGAAGCUGAAGGAGGAGGAAGUGAAGGUCGCCGAAAUGGAACGACACGUCACACAGCUCGCUUCCACAAUGGUAGCGGAAAACGCAAAGGCAGAUAGAGAGCAACUGGUUCAAGAUUUGACUAAACAGACGGCUUUAGCCCUGCAGUAUAAGCAUCGAGUCAACACCCUACGCAAGCUCCUAGAGCAGCAUGGUGUUGUCGGUACUGAGGUGGAUGAAAUCGUGGAGAAACGAGAAAGGAAUAUCCCGUCUAACGAUCCAAGCCAGGAGCUGCUUAAAACCCAGCAGGCUUUGAGUCAGGCGAAUGCCAGGAUCGAGGAGAUGAAACUCCAACAAGUCGAGUUCGACAAACUCAAGGAACUCGCACAAAGCUCAGAGCAGAAGGCCUCUGAGCUGGCCCGAGAAAAUCUCACACUGAAGCAGUCCUUGGCGAGAGUCAAGCAAGAGAUGAGCAAAUACGAAGGGCGACGCAAAGAGAAGGAAGCGAAGCUCAAGCAACGAGAGAUCAAACUCGAAGCCCGGAUUCAGGAUUAUCGCAACCGCCUGAAGACGGCUUCACAGGAACAUCGCGAAAUGGAAGAAGACCUCAGAGAGUCGUUCAAUGAAGAACGACGUCGCAUGCAGGACCAGAUUGACCUUCUCCAAUUGAAAGUAGCCGCGUUUGAGCGUGUUCCCGACAGUAAGAUCCGCAGCCGCCACUCAUACAGUCCGCACAAGGACUACACUGGGGUCCAAGUGCAUGAUUUUGGGCACACCAUCGCUCAGCGCAACGAGACCGAAGAGUCCCAGGAGGUCGAUGAACCGCCGAGUCCGAGCCCACGCUCGAAAAACCGACGCUCGCGUAAUCUACACAACCCCACCGUUGAUCUCGAUUUAAACAAGGCUGCUCAAGCCCUGAGUAUGGAGGGAAUCAAUGCUCAACUACUGCCUUACACAGACUCGCCUCUUAAACCCCCCGGCCGCCGUUCUCGCAGAGCGCCGGUCGCAGCUGCUGACCCAAUUCCGCCCUCUUCGCCCCCUGAGUUAGCACCUAUUGACGUAUCUACCGAGAUACUUGCUGAAAAGUCGAAGUACAACCACCAUGACUACCGAACGCAUCUGCCGACUCUCACUACUCUCGAUUCCCUUGCGCGCCACCUAGCCGACCGCGACGAGGGCCAACAAUAUCGUACCCAUCGUCAAAAAGUGCGCCGUGCGCCGUCAAGAUACAGCUUGGAUCCCAUAUCCGGCUUGGCAGACCUGCGUCUCACCGAACGAACGGGAAAGAGACACAGCCUGGCUGCAUUACAACGGGACAAUAUACCGGUUGAACGGAUGCUGGCUGCCCACGCACGACUCAAGCGAAAGGACCAGACUCGCAAGAGCAAAGAAGCGGGCAAGGAAUCCGUGAAGGCGUAUACAUGA